AAGAAAGCAUCUCCUCUUUGACUCCAUCACCAACGAAAAUCAAGGAGUGGGCUCAACAAAAGUAUUAUGAGCAUGGGAACGGCGUAUAAAAACUUAAGAGUGGAGCCGGAAGGCUAUUUUGUUGUUCAAAAUAGGAAGACGAAAAAGCAAACAAAGUUGAGGAAAAGCCAAGUUAAAUCAGAUUUUGAAGUCCAUCGGUCUGGACAUCUCCAAGAAGAACAAAACAGAACUGAGUUAGACCUCUGCUUUAGUAUUCCUCUACGGUUUCGCCCAGGAUAAUAACCCUGUGGCUGUUUCCUUCUUUUUUUUUUUUCUUCUUUAGGUUUAGUUUGUUGUUGUUGAUGGGCCAAUCAGUUUCGACGGCGAAACUCAUGAGCCGUCGAGAUUGUAACCAUAGCCAACGUUUAAAAUCGAAACCAACGGCUCUGAUCUGUCCGAUGCAAGCUGAGGAAGCUGAAGAGCUUGACCGAGGUAGCAUAGAUGGAUUAUCUGAUUUCAUCUCGGAUCUACCUGACGACUGCUUAGCUUGCAUUUUUCAGUCUCUUAGUCCCGGUGAUCGAAAACAGUGCUCUCUUGUUUGCCGCCGUUGGUUGAGGAUUGAAGGGCAGAGCCGCCACCGACUCUCCCUCAACGCACAAUCAGAUCUGUACCCUCUAAUUCCUUCCAUCUUCUCUCGCUUCGAUUCUGUUACAAAACUGGCUCUGAAAUGUGAGCGUAGAUCUAUUAGCAUCGGUGACGAAGCUCUUGUUCAAAUCUCCAAGCAUUGCCGGAACUUGACUCGCCUUAAGCUCCGAGCAUGCCGUGAAUUGACUGAUGCAGGCAUGUUGGUGUUCGCUAAAAACUGUAGGGGUUUAAAGAAGCUUUCCUGUGGGUCUUGUACUUUCGGAGCUAAAGGCAUGAACGCCGUGCUCGACAACUGUCCAGCUCUCGAGGAACUCUCCGUGAAACGACUUCGUGGCAUCACCGAAGGAGUUGCAGCCGAGCUGAUAGGGCCAGGGGUGGCGGCGGCGGCGUUGAAAACGAUUUGCUUAAAAGAGCUUUAUAAUGGACAGUGCUUUGGUCCGCUUAUUAUUGGUGCAAAGAAUCUGAAAUCUUUAAAACUUUUUAGAUGCUCUGGUGAUUGGGAUAAGCUUUUCCCUCUUAUAGUGGAUCGGGUCACGGGUAUGGUAGAGAUCCAUAUGGAGCGGAUCCAAGUCAGCGAUGUCAGUCUCGUGGCGAUAUCCAACUGUUUAAACCUAGAAAUUCUUCACCUCGUUAAGACUCCCGAGUGUACCAAUGCCGGACUCGGAGCUAUUGCGGAGAAAUGUAAAUUGUUAAGGAAGCUGCACAUUGAUGGAUGGAAAGCAAAUCGAAUAGGUGACCAAGGGUUAAUUGCCGUUGCGAAAUCUUGCUCCAAUUUACAAGAACUAGUUCUUAUUGGUGUUAAUCCGACGAAAUUGAGUUUGGAAUUGUUAGCUUCGAAUUGUCUGAACUUGGAGCGGUUAGCUUUAUGCGGUAGUGAUACAGUUGGUGAUGCAGAGAUUUCGUGUAUUGCUGUGAAAUGUAUAGCUUUAAAGAAGCUGUGCAUUAAGAGUUGCCCUGUUUCUGAUCAUGGAAUGGAAGCGCUUGCUAGUGGUUGCCCCAAUUUGGUUAAAGUGAAGGUGAAGAAAUGUAGAGGGGUUACUUCGGAAGGGGCGGAUUGGUUAAGAGCACAUAGAGGAUCGCUCGCGGUUAAUUUGGAUACAGGGGAACAUUUAGAUGCAAGUGCCAGUGAUGGUGGGGCACAAGAUAAUGGAGUUGAAUUUCCUGCGGUGGUGGCUGGUCAAAUUGGAGCUCCUAGUAUUGCGUCGAGCAGCACGGGUCGAUCAUCAUCAUUAAAGUUGUUAGGGCUUUUGAGUGGGAGGAGUUUAGUGGCUUCCACUUUGAGAAGGUUGGCAAGUAGUAAUGGCCGCUCUCAAAGUUAAUUUGGAUGGAUGAAGCGAAGUUGCAAUGAAAAAAGAGAGAAAAAAAACACUCUUGGUCUCAAACUGUUUACAUUAUUUUGUAUUGUCGUCCCCGAGUCUGUUGUUUGUGUAUUUAAUUCACUGCUGUGUGCUGUUGAUUGCCUUUUGAAUUGAAUCUUCAUCUUCAAAAGUGAUAGUUUCUCUUUUAUUUUCUUCUAUAUCUGUUGGGUCUUAGUUUCUUUAUUAGUUAGAUCCGUGCAUUAUUUAGCUUCUGAUUCUUUUGAUGUGUAUCGAGUAUGAUACAUAUGCCCCUUAGAUAGGUGGUGUGAUUCAAUCGAAACUCCUUGUCUGCAUGAUUUUCAGCAUCAAUUGUUGAAUAUCAGUAAAAUA